AUGGAAGUGAUCACAGGAGCUGCCUUGCCGGCCGAUUACGUGUUGGAUCUUCUCCCCGGCAACGCUGAAUGCUCCCUGACAAUCAAAGACCGCCAAGUGGAUCUUUCGGGAUUGAAGAGUUUCCUCGACUACACCGGGCUCACCCAGAGGUGGGAACGCAACCAGCUGCUGACACCUGCACAGCGAAGCCUCCACACAGGAGUCCGAAUGUCUACGGUGGCAUGGUUCAUCUUUCGGGCACCUUUUCAGGAGACCUUUCAGGACGAGAUUCGGUUUAGCCGGCUGCACAAGCGACUGAUUCAUCGCCUGUCGCAGCUGGUGGAGACCCACCUGAGCAAAGUGCUUCAGGCUACGUUGCCCACACCGCAAAGUGGAGAUGUUCUGCACCCGGCUAAAAGGGAUGGGCGGCGAGCCCGUGGCGAGCCGAAAGUGCAGAACAUGCUGGCAAUCGACAGGUUCAUGACAAGAGGCGGAGGAUUCGUCAGCUCCACCGCAGACAGCAGCCUGGAGUCCUUGGAUUUGGGUGGAAUCCUCCCUCCCAACUACAAUCGGACAACGGCGGAUUUUGUCUACAGACAUAUUCGAAAAACUGGCGAGAUGCUAUCCCAGGAGAUGGCACAGCAGUCGCUGAAGAGCUUGGCCUUCUUGUGCGACGCAUCACCGAAGGGAUGUGUUGAUGUUUGGCUCCCUGUCGUCGCAGCGAAUCAGUUUGCAUCCGUGGCAACUUUACAGAAGCUGUCGGCUUUGCUGCCGAGCACUGCUGAUGCUUCGGAAAAGAUGAAAGCCGCUCAACAAGUGGCCGACUCCACUACAAAACUGUUGGUUGCAAGCCGGGACAAGAAGGAGCAUCGACCCAAAAUGCCCAGAAUCAUCAGCGGCCUGCACCAAGACAAGCUCACCGCCAGAGAGCACAUCCGAGCGGUUGGCAAUGUCCUGAAUCACUUGGGAGUGGCAUUGGAUGACAUUUUUCCAAAGAGCCCCCUAAAGCCUCUGGCCCCAACUUCUGAGAUCUUGGCGACUUAUGAAAUGGACGGCAAGACUAUGCCUUUCGUUGCAUCUCUUCAAGACGCGACUUCAAGAUGGGACGUCCCGGACACUGAGUCCGCACAUGUUCGAUUGAUCGUGUGCCCUGACGAGGGCAGCCCGAUGUUCAGCAGCUAUGUGUUUUUGGCCACCCGGAAUGCCGCCAUCAAUUUGUGCCGCGAUGAAUUGCACAAGCUGAGCCAGCAUUGCCAGCGAGUCCUGGCAUCGUCGCCUAUGAUGAAGCGAAUGAGUACGCUCACUUCGUGGCUUUUCAGAUGUCGCAAGAGCCCGUGGAAAACGCACGGCCUUGGCUGCAAUCUCUGUGCCGCUGGCAAGCGAUAUCUUGAUGUGGUCACUGGGAAGCACUUAGCUGCACCUGAUGAUGUUCUUCAGCAGCUCUUCGGCCACCAUACCCUGAUUGAGAACAACAUCGCCCCCGAGUGCGACGAGCAGGUGAAUUUCGAUCGGACUGGCCACAACCCCUUUGCAGUGCUGGACAAAGCGAGCCAAGAGACUCCGGAGAAGUCUUGGGACAAAGCUUUGUGUGAUGAGCAAGUCCACACCCUCUGGAAGUUCGGCCGCGAGCUCAUGAAGCCCUUCCGCGACAUGUGCAUCGACCUCAAGAGCAAGAAGCUCAUGGCUUUGCAUGAUCAUGUGCUAAAGAUGAACUCCGACUUCCUGGAACGAUCUCUUAGCAACCUGGCUGCCGAAGUGCUGUGCUCCUCUCGGCUCCACCAGCCGCCAGACAUCAUCGGGAUUGCAGACGAGGUCCUGAGCAUUGGCUUUCGCCGAUCGUUUUUGGACGAGGAGGUUCUGAAAGAGCAGGUGUUGGGCUUCCUGAGCUGUUGCCACGAGCUCCUGGAGUAUGCACUUUACCUCCGAAGUUUCCCAUGUCGGGCAGCCGCCUUCUGCUCAACACAGGCCACCGCGGAAAGCCGGAGCGACCUCCUCAAGGCUGCUGAGAAUGAGUACAAGUUGAUCAGAGAGAUCGAGGCCACAGCCUCUGGCGCCAGUGUGCUCAAGCAGCAUGCCUUGCACACCACGUUCCAGGUGUACCGGGAAAUUAUGGCCACAAUGCAGAUGCACAAUUUCAAGGAUUGCCAGGCAAUUGCAGACAUGGUGCAAGCAUGGUUCCCUCGGUGGGGGCAAUCGGCCAACUUGGAGCAGAUCUUUCGAGAGAUGGAGCAAGCUACGAAACGUGUGGGCCAUGUGGAAAACUCGAUGCCGAACCUCACUUGUGUGGCUGUGAGGGCCAUGAGCAGGAGAGUUUGCUGUGGCGACGAGUGUCCGGCGACACCGACUUUGUCUGAGAAGGACUGGGAGGGCCAGGUGGUUCGCAACCUCAAGGACAAGAUGUGGCAUCCAACUUCAGCUCCCCCGUGCAAGAACGUGCGAAUCGAUGAUAUCUUGAAGACCGGCACGAGCCCCAUCGAUUCGAUGAGCAGUAUGUGGGCUGUCCGCCUCAAAGAGAUUGUCUGGAGCUUUAAGGGCCCGCUGCCAGCUGAGACUGUGGACGAGAGGAGAAUGCCGGCGAGCACGCACAAGGCGACGGAGACCCGGGAUGAACAUUUAGAGGUCGAAAUCUUCUGCUACACUUUGCACGUCUGCCCGACUUCGAUGGAAAGCAAGUGCGGUGGGAUCCUCUUUCGCAGAGGGCCGAAGCCGUAUUCGUUGCUCGUGCACCUCUUCGUGUCGGAGAACAUCAUGAGCAUCACAUCCGCCGCCCUCUCCGACAUCCUCACCGCCUACAGCAUCCGUAUGCCCAAGAACAGCAGCAAGCAUGCAAAGAUCACAAAGCUGAUGACACUGGACGAAGUCAAGCAGGCGAUCGGUGAUGCUGGUGUGGCACGAAUGGAAGCGAAGCUGCUCGAGAUCGACAAGAACCGGCAUUCAAAGAAGAAAGCAACCGCGGCCGAGAAAGCCAAUGAUGAAGAUCCGGCCGUGGCGGCCUGCUGCCAGCUGCUGGAGGAGCUGGGUGAUGAGUCCGAGGCAGAAGCGGAGGAAAAGAAGGAGGAGAAGAAAGAGGAAGCAAGCGAGGCACGGCAGUGUUGA